AUGUCGUGGCUGAAAUCAGUGGCUUCUAGCGAGGAAGUGUUCGACGAGGAUGUGGAUGAUAUUAGUCUGCAGAACAAAGAAUGGAAAUACAACAUGGAAAAACGCGUAAAGGAUGGUUUCAGAGAAGGCAUUGAUGCAGGGAAAGAAGCGUCCCUACAGACUGGUUUCAACAUGGGAUACAGAGAAGGAGCCACUAAAAUGACUGUCAUCGGCCAGCUCAAGGGAAUCAUGAGUGCGGUGCGGUGCUGGUGUCAGGUUCAGCUGCCUGAAAGCCCCGAGUUAGCCUCUGCCACUGAUUUGCUCCAGAGAUUGGAGACGCAUGAGGAUGAACUGGUGGAAGCCAUGAGGAAAGCCCAGCAGAGGCCUAUACCUAGUGUGACUGAGAUGGUGGAUGACAUGGAGGACCUAAAUGUUGAGCAAACCAACCAGGGUGGAGAAUCUAAAUGCUCAAACAACGAGGACUGCUGUGGGAGAGAUGGAGCGAAUCAUGAAUGUUGCGAUAACGUCAGAGCUGAGAGUAAAGGUUCCACAGGAGUUCUCCCCCAUGGUUCUAUCUCUAAAAGAGAGAGCCUCAGAGAGCUGCAGAAACGCUGCUUGGACUUUGUAACAGAACUUGGGCUUCCCGAAGAGCUAAAACUGCACAUUCAGCAGCUCAUAGACACUUGA